GACUCAGUUGGGAAUGUGAGGUGGGCCGUCUUUAUUCUAUGGUGGGCCCAGCUGGUUGAAACUGGCCCCCAGACUCGUUGGAGAAACGGGAGUGACUUCAUUAAAGCUGUUGAAGUCGUACCUGAUAAGAAGGAGAUACGCGUUCAUGACAGAGUUGUUCCGGGGCAGAUCGCCAGCAAAUUGUUCGUCUUUGACAAAGUAUUUGGUCCUGAUGAAAAGCAGAUCGAUGUGUACCGGGCAGUCAUGGAGCCUACCAUAGCCGAGGUCAUGAUGGGCUACAACUGCACAGUAUUUGCAUACGGCCAAACGGGGGGUACUGGCAAGACCUACACUAUGGAAGGUAAAAGAUCAAACGCAAAUUUGAGCUGGGCAGACGACCGCUGUGGUGGUAUCAUCCCAUCUACCGUGCAGGAGUUGCUUGAAGAGCUUCAGUCCCAGGACCAUCAAUUUACCUUCAAGGUGUCCUUCCUUGAGUUGUACAAUGAGGAGCUCUUUGACCUCCUCGGAGGCCACGAUUACAAAAAGCUGAAAAUCCUCGAUGACCCUUCAAAUAAGGGUUCUGUCAUAAUCCAGGGCCUAGAGGAGAUCACGGUGCACAACUGUGAAGAAGUGUUCUUCAUACUGCAGAAGGCGGCUGCAAAACGUCAAACUGCAGCUACACUUCUCAACGCGACAUCUUCACGUAGCCAUACCGUCUUCUCGGUUACUGUUCACAUCCGCGAGACGACAGAGGAUGGCGAGGAGCUGGUGAAAACCGGCAAGCUCAACCUCGUUGACCUUGCGGGGAGCGAGAACAUUGGCCGCUCUGGGGCCAUUGACAGGAGAGCACGUGAAGCAGGCAGUUGCUUCUUACGUUGGGUCUUGUCAUAACUGCAUUGGUGGACAAGGGACCACACAUUCCGUGCAGAUACUGCAAAAUACAUUGUAACUGGAGGAAGAUGACGGGGCUUACACUCUGAAAAAGAACGAGAGGUUUGGAGCUAGAGCAAUACCUGCUGUACCUGCGAGGCAAUGCUCUGCAAGACAAGGCUCUGCAAGACAAGGCUCUGCAAUGACCGUAACACAUGGACCUGCAACAUUAUGGUAGUUAUGCCCUAAUGGCAUGUUAUGGUGUGUGUUAUGGUGUGCUUCGCACAUGCUAUAUGUAUAGCAUACAAAUUUGUGUGCAAGGGGAUCAGUAAUGUGAUUUUUGUUUGUUUUUUAUCUGCUGCCAUCUGUAGUCUCGUGAAAUAUUACAGCUCCCAAGCCAUACGAUGAGGCAUCUGUAGUGGUGGAGUGACGUGACCAGCACACCGGCUGCAUGUUGCAUACUGACAUUUUUAAUAGAGAUUCCACCAAUAUAUAUCUCCACAUUCGCUUAAGAGGGGACGUGGCUUUCGAAAUCAGCUUCCUUAUUUCUUCAUGGAUUUUGAUGAAAACUUCAAAGUUAUAUCUCAACAACUAUUUUAUACAAAUAUUUUAUCCUUUGUGCUUGUCCCAAGCUUGAAUGACUUACAAAAUAUGGUGAAGACUAGUUCAAAGCACUGUGCGUUCCAAAAUGAAUACCUAGUUGAAAGCAUGACAUCCUUAGAUUUUUUUAUUUACAACAUAACUUGUUUUAUUUUUUGUUUUGUAUGAGGCGACUACAACAGGCAUCUAGACUGAACAUCUAGUUGAAUCAUUAAUCAAUAAAAAGUCACUCUGAAAAAGCAAGAAUGUCAUGCCUUGAACUGCACUUCAAGGAACAUUGUAAAAAAAAAACUGAAUUGAAAUAGACAUAGCAGUCGCAAAGAAAUCAACGGGACUGAUAUGACUGACACCUUACGCGUGCAUGACGAGCAAAUGCCGGUUUAUUCAGUGCAUCCAUAAAGAUAUAUACAGUAGAACCCCGCUCUUACGUUCCUGGGUGCUGCGUUUUCCCGGCUGUUACGUCGUUUUCGGCCUGUCCCAGCACAGCCCCCUUAGAACCCAAUGCAUUGGUAACCUCGCUGUUACAUCGCAACUCUGGGACCGUUCCCGCAUCAUACGUCGCGAACUGCCACACCACGCCGGCCCAAGCGGCCAUUUUGACUUUUCAUGUCGCUUGGCUUGGUUGCUUGACGAUGGCAUUGGCCGCUCAAAGUGCCGGGGGCGACACUUAUUACGUAUUUUCGGUUUCCGCCAGCAAAAGUAUGGCCCUUGAGAUCCGCAUUUGCUAUCUAAAGGUGGUGUCUAUGACGCAAUUGCGGCCCUAAAAUUGGUUUUGGCUUAUCGAUGUUCCAUAUAAAGUCCCAGGGUGAUAAUGCCGUCGCCGUGCGCCGUAUGCUGUAUGUGCGAGUGGAGCCGACGACUGUGUCUCGCGCGUGAAAGAAAGAAAAGCAGGGAGGAAGCGCGCUUUUUUCUGUUGCGCUCGAGGCACCAGCGAGGUGGGAGGGAUCGGGAGGGAUAGCGGGCAGCGUUGUGCUUUGGCAUCAUACUGCGCGGCGAUGCGCGGUCGCGCAGGCGGUAUCUUGAAAGCGAUCUGCGUGGGGGCAGAGUCUACGCAGUGUAGGUGCGUCGGCGGCUCGUAGCUUUGUGCGUGCUCUGUUUUCUCGGCGCUUAGUUUGCGUUGAAGCGAUAGACAACAGCACGAAGGUCACUUCGCUCGCUUCUGCAGCGGCGCUUAAGUUCCUCACGCCAGCGUUCGACAGCGCGUGUCCGCGCUCAUCGAGUGUGAUGUGUUCAUGUUUGACUGUGGGGGCUGACACCAUGCUUGUUAAUUGGUUAAUAAGCAAAUGUUUACAAGUUUAUACGGACGAUAAAACUACUAUUCUUACUUUGUAUAGCUUAUCGCAAUCGAUACUUCGGCUGUCGGGCGAAACUACUUUUUUUCACACGUAAGAAUUAAAUAAUAUUCUGUGCAGUUAACACUACUCCCAUUUCUCAAUUUUUCCUGUUUCCCGGCUCUUGCAUUUCCCGGCUCUUAAGUUUUUUUUUUUUACGGUCCCAUGAAAAACGUAACAGCGGGGUUCUACUGUAUAAGGUCGAGGAGUGAUGUCUUAUAACAGCACAUGAUCAGGAUUCUUUUCAGACUGAAGUAACGUCACAGUACAGCGAUGCGCUAUCACAUUUCUUCUCCCUUACUUUAAGACAGUGUUCACUUAAUUUUGUGCUUGAAUCAGUUUGGUUGCUUGCGCAGAUGAGUGCUUCUGCGAAGUAGGGCUUUUUCCGCUUUACUAGUAGAAGAGGUCAUCAACGAUGCUGGUAGCGGCACUGGGUUAGGUUGCAGUACUGUGUCUGCAGUGCCAGAUGUAGCGCUUACACUGUCCACCAGGGGUGGUUGAGGAGUGGCCAGGUUUGGGUUUUCCGUUGAUGAAGGCACGUUCGCUGUGUGCACCUCUUCACUUGGAGGCAGUUCACUCAAUGGUGACCCAUCAUGCAGUACGCUCGUUGCGACUGGUCGCUCUAACUCUGUGGUGGAGCCAGCAUGGUGUGGCUGGAGGUGGUCAACAGAAAACACACGCUCAGUACCACACAUCACAUCACGCUUUUUUUUUAUGUCAGCUUGCUUUUGCUGCUUGACGCCACCAAAGCUGGGUUUGGGCAAAGAAAGCUUUGUGCAAAGAAAGCUUCGUGCAUGGUUGGCACUUUAAAAACAACUGCGCUGGGGAUUGGCCCGUUACGCUGCUAGGUGUAUUUCUGUACGCAAGGAUAUCAAUACACUCUUGCAACAAACACUGCAGUGUGUGACAUCCGGUUCAAGUACCUGCUUUAUCAACGCUCUUUUGACAGUCUGAACAGUACGCUCAGCGGCGCCGUUAAAUGCGGCAUGGUACGGUGGUGUGCGAAUAUGCUUCACACCAUUGUUCGCCAAGAAGUUAGAGAACUUCUUGGCGAACAAGUAAAAAAGUUAGAGAGGGGACGUGAACUGUGGGCCAUUAUCGCUUACUAAUGUUUCAGGCAGUCCACAAGCCACAGUGGCACUCCAUAGUUUGUUGAUCGUUCAUGUUGAUGACAUUGGCCAGACUUCUAUCUAUUUAGAAAAUGAAUCAGCCAAAGCAAGGAACACAUUAGAAUCUUUGAACGCAAAAUAAACAAGCAUCUCGAAGGGUAGCUCCACGGCUGGAGUGAUACAAGUUGCACUGCUGGCUGCACAUGGCACAUGGCCCAACGCUGCAUUCGUGCUAUGGCUAGAGUAGCUGUUGGUUUAUCCUAGACAAGGAUUCCGAGCAGUGGCUGGUGGACAGUGUGUGUGAAUUCCCUGUCAUUCAAGUAAUGAUGAAAUUUCUCAAGCCCGAAAACCAAAGUUAAAGCUUCGCGCUUACUUUGCGGAUACUUCUUUUCUGCUGCUGUUAGUGUGCGGGAGGCAAAUGCUAUGGGGCAUCUGCUGCCAUCUGUAGUCUCGUGAAAUAUUACAACUCCCAAGCCAUACGAUGAGGCAUCUGUAGUGGUGGAGUGACGUGACCAGCACACCGGCUGCUUGUUGCAUACUGAGAUUUUUAAUAGAUUCCACCAAUAUAUAUCAGCACAGGGACACAGUGUUGCCCACCUAGUAAACACUGAAACCGAAACCAGGUAAAAUAUAUGUACAGGAUACAACAUAUUUCCCUCCUUGUUUUUUUUUUUCUUUUAGUAAAUGUGUUAGUAUGUUAGUAGGCUAAUCGCACUUCGUUUAUACAUGACAACAACAAAAAAGAGCAUCAAGAAGUGCACACCGAAAUAUAUUUACACAUCAAGGAACACAACAUCAGAGAAUGCAAAAAGUAUACAGAAUCAGUAUACAUCAGUAUAUGCAUCAUUAUACUACAUCAAAACAACAACAUCAAAUAACAACAGAUCUGUACACAUUCACAGCUCGUCUCUAUAUCUGGUCGGUGGCCGUCUGUUCGGUGUGGCUGAAUACGACGGCCGGGGGGGCACGACACAAGUGGUUCCCAUUCUGUAGUGUUCACGGGAGGGCGUGGUACAGUUUCUGAUGCAGGAAACCGUUCUGCGGCUGACCUCAUUGGCGAAGCGGGGUCGGGUCGCAUCCUGCCCUUCGCACAGGUUGUGCUGCGGGAAUACUUGCCUUGGCAGGCACUGGCUGCCAGGUUGCAGGCUUUCUUCCAUUUUUUUCUGCGUCGACAGCUGCCAGCUCUACUAGCACUUUCAGCUCGCUUUGUUGUUUCGUUACAGUCUCGGUAAUCCUAGCCCUGGUGACUGCUGUUGCCAAAGUAAGCUUCGGGUCUAUUUGAAGAGCCUCUGAAAAACCUUAUCUCGGAAGCCAACUACAAACCUGUCACGAACAAUGCGCUCUUUCAUGUCGUUGAAUUUGCAACUGCUUACAAGCUUGUGAAGAGUGGUGACAAGCUCAACUGUUUUGCCUGUCUCGUGUUUGCGCCAGUUGAAGCGUGCACUCUAAUAAACCACGUUCUUUGUAUGACCAAAGUACACUUGAAACUUCUGUUUUAAAGCAUCAAAACUUUCAACCUCUUGUUGCGUAAUGUUUAGGGACUGUAGAGGGGUGUGGGGAGUGUAGUAGUCGGUACGUGUUAAGGAUGUUCAAGUCAUAGGUUUGGUGAAAUUGGCAUUUGAGUAGGGCACUUUCUCCCCGCGUGGGAGUUGAGGUGAUUGAGUGAUUCUUGAA